GUCGGGGUUCUCUCGUACCACGCGAUCCCAGCUCCCGAUAUUUGGAAGCUCAUUCAUUCGAGAUCGCACUGCGGGCCAGUUGCAAGCUCCCGUCAAGGCCAGCACGUUCACUGCCAUGCUGCCUGUACUACUUUGCCUCGCGCUGCUUUCCCUGUCAGUAUGCGGCGAGGGAGCCGUGAAGCGCUGGCUGCCGGACACCCGAUGGGAGACGGGCCGCAACUGGCAGGCAGGGAAGCCACCCUGUGCCGGACAGAGGGCCUCGCUGGGACACGCCCAGGGACUGGCCAUCUACGUCGGAUCGGCGGUGCAGCUCGGCGCACUGGUAUUCCCGAAGACGGGGCAACUGGUGCUUGAAGAAGGCGCCGCGCUCAGCUUCGAGAGCCUCGAGACGGGCGGAGAUUGCGUCGGGGAGGCCCAAUUCACGGCUCAAGAGCGCGUGCACUGGUACAACCCGGACCACUGGGCGUUGCGUACGUCGUCGCAGCUGCUGCCGGAGGCGGUCGAGAACCGGCCGGACACGGCGCCCAGGCCGCCGGCGGUGCCGGAUUCCGAGAUGGUGCCCUGUCCCAGCGACUUCGUCAUCUUCGAGGACGAGCGAUUCCGCGUCGACAUGGACGGCCUCAGGCCCAAGGUGCGCGAGGUCCAGAUCGGCGACCGGAUAUUUGGAGGCCCCGAGAUGAGCUCGCUACUCGGCGGGGACGAAGGAAAAGCGAUGUUCAGCGGCGUUCUGACCAGCGGCUCACCGGACUGCGACGACCCUCAGGGUUGCUCGUGUGGCAACGACCAGCCCGAGCCCCUGGAACGAAUCUGCCUGCAGCACGCGCCCCGUUGUGCCGAGAAUUUGCCCUGCCAGGACUCCAUCGUUAUGAUAGGAAACUGCUGUCCCAUCUGCGCUUCGGUGUUGCUAAUACGUCCCGGUCCGGCCUUCGUCUUUGACAAUGUUGUGCAGCUCCUCUUCAAUGGCAUCGUCAAGCCACAGUAUGGUGGACACGUGCAAGCUUACAUCCACCGUACCUACACCGGACUCGUUCAGGUGAUCACCGUCGAUCUCGGCACCAAGAACAACGGGAUGCCGAUAGCGCCUGGAAAAGCUCACAGCCUUGCCACGGACAUCUACGAGACAAUAACAGGCGAGGAUGCAGAGCGUUACAGUGUGCUCAGUGCGAGCCUGAGCGGGAGCGAGAAGUGGAACACCACGCUGGCGGGAGGAAGCGGUGCAUCAAAAGGAGGCUCCGUCGCUGGUAUAGUGGUGGGAGUACUGUUCACACUGCUCCUGCUCGUUGGCGCUGUCUUCCUGAUCAUUCGACGCUACGGAUUCAGACACCCGAAGACCUUUUUCAGGGGAAGGCCUUUACUGCCGAUGGCUCGUUUCGACGAUGGGCGCAUUGAGCUGGAACUGGGCACCACACCUCACGACGCCCUGGUGCCAUCAGGGGACGAGUCCAGUUUCGAGAACCCCUUGGCAGGACCCUUUGAGACUUUUCCUCAUUUUGGCACCAGUGACAAGGAGGAACCGGGGACUUUUUCAAACCCGGCAUACGAAGAAGUGAAGAGCGAGAAAAGCGAAGAUGAGUCACAGUGAUGUGAAGAACAACUGAAGACCAUGGGGCGCCUGCUGUGGGUUUUGAGCGGUAAAACUUGGACGUCAGCGAUGUCACUGCCCAACCAGCCCAGCUGGCAGCCAGGCUUGAUGGCACACUCGAGCUGGCCGCAUUUACAUCUGCCUCUGUUGAUGAUAAAAG